ACUUUUCAAGAUGACAUACAUGAUGUUGCUCGUAAUAUUCAAUUUAAUUUUGUUGAUUUCUAAUACAUUUGCAUUCGGUUUGGAAAAUCAUUUUGAAAGUCUAACAACUUCAGUGGAUAAACAGGAUAAGAGUGGAAAUGAAAUAAGUGGAAUUCAGAGCAGACGAGGAUCAUGCAACGACGUUGUUCUAGAACCUCAAGCAUUUAAUUAUUACUUUGAAAAAAUGUUCCCGUUAUCAACUUUAAUAAGACAAGAGCCAGCAGAAAAGGAGGAAAAUUAUCAAAAUAAUUUCCAGGUCUUCAAAGAUGCAGUACCUGAAGGAUAUUAUCUAAAUGAUAACCAGAUCAGUCGCAAUGGCUAUUACAUCAUUGAUCCCUACGCUUUUCAUCCAAUUUCACCACCGAAUUCAAUACAGUUUGACCAAAUCAUCCCACAAGAUAAUACAAUCCUAAACGAAGAAGCAAAUAAACCACGUUAUACGAGAAGUAUACCUGAUAAUUCUAAGAAAGAUAUCUGGGAUCAACUUUUACAUGACAGCAUGUUAAACAAUAUUUUACCGACGAUGCCAAUUCCAUACGUUCACAAAUCAUCCCCAUAUUUGGACAACGCUUAUGGACCUUAUAGGCCAACGUAUGGUGCGGAUUCAAACAGGAAUGGAUGCGGAGUGCCAAUUUAUUUGAGCUGCACUCCAAGAAUAACAUAUGAUGCUAGUGUUAUGGAUCCGCCUUCAUGUAUGUAUCCAAGUUAUACAAAGGAGCACGAAGCCCAGGAUAGUCCGAAGCAAAACAUUAAUAGCAAAGUGCCUCCAAAGAAUUAGCGAUAAUUUGUGUAGAAAAAGGCUGAAAAUGUAUUAAUUCAAUGCGUAUCAAUAAAAUUAUUUAUCACUU